CUUCCGGGUAUUUUAAUCACAUCGUGCAAGGCUAUCUGCCAUAUUCUAUCGACUGUACUGAUCGCAUGCGAGACUUUGUCAAAAACCGUGAAUCACUCAGAAACUCAAGGAUAUUGAUUUUAGCGAACUCCAAGUGGCUUCGACUGUGUAAGAUUCAUUAAAAAGAAAAGCUCAAAGUGGAAACAGAAACCGCAGUGAAAGAGUGAGAAAAUUGUUUCACAACAGAGAAAAUGGUAGAGGGCUCAUUGCGCAGUGUGGAACCGCUAGCUUAUUACGUAAACACGCUCUCUGAUUUCGAUGGGCAAGUUAUUAAGGCCUAUAAGAAUAAAGACCAAGAACGGAUAAAACAGCUAGCAUCAACUGGAAAUAUGAUGGACAUAGAUUUAUUCAUAUGUAUAAACAAGGCUUGGCACGGCUUUGUUCUGUGCGUCCCUGCUGGCGAAGACGAAAGCGGUCUGGUCGACUUUUCUGAUGUGUUGAAAACUCCAUUUGAUGUGCCAGAUGUUUCGCUCUGCUGGGAGUUCGAAUUGUGCAUGGAAGACCAACGGCAGCGAAUGUACAAGAUACGUAAGGAUGUCCAGCUCUUUAGAGACAUCGUAAAAAGAAUUAAGAAGCACUUUUACAUCGGCCGGUUUAAGCAGAUCACCUUGAAUGCUUUGCAGUUUGUUGCCCUCAGAGCUGCCCCUCAUCGAUAUAGCGUUUUACUCGAGGACUGUGUCGAGUUCGCGAAAGAGUUCUGCGUUCAGACUCUCGCAUAUUCCUCUAAUUGGCGUGAGAUUGAAGAGCAGGUUCAUAACAACAUCAAGGGAGCGACUGCUACUGGAUUCAGUGCCGAGAGGCUGUCGAGAAACAUCCGUAGCUCUGGUUGGCUGGGGAAUACCUUUCUUGGAGGGAUGGAUGUUAGUAAUGUGAUGUCGAGCCGUUAUAGAUUACCAGCGGUUAUUGCUUUGGUCCUGUUCCUACUACUACUGUAUCCGAUCUUUGUUUCUGUUAUUGUAAUUAAGUUAAUCAGGUAAGGGUGUCUAUCCUAAGUAUGAACACAAGUCAGGGAUUGUCAGGGAUUUUCAGAGAUUCGAUAUUGAAAUUCAGAUAUAUUUAGGUCUGACAUCUUCAAAACAUUAAAUGAUGUCUAGCUUCCGCCCUGAAAUUAGGGAAAGUUUUUCCUAUUCUAUUUGCUAGUUUACUUCCGUUUGAUGAUGAAGAAUUAUGCAGUAUAAGUCGCACCAUUGUCGCAUAAAAAAUUGACACUAUGCAUGGUCUCGUGUGCAGAAAGUACUUCAGAAGUAUAGUAUAUGUAUGUUACUUGGGUACUUUGAAUAACUAAUAAACAAGGCCUUGGUUGCUUAUUUGUUAUA